AUGUCGGAACAGAUUCAGAUCGAUGCUGGCGCUUUCCAGCGGAGAGUCAAGAAGCUUCUCUCCGCCUGGAAGGACGGCAGCGAUGACUUUGAACAGCUCGCGCAGGUCGACUCGCUCCUCGUCGUCAUGGGCGGUCAGAACGACGACCUCAUCUACUCCAAGACCACCGCCAUUCACUCUUGGCUGCUGGGCUACGAAUUCCCCUCCACCGUCAUCCUCUUCACCAAGACCGCCGUCACGUUUGUCACCAGCGCCUCCAAAGCCGUGCAUCUCGAGGCGCUCAAGAAGAGCAGCAACGGGUUUGACAUUGAGAUCCUCAAGCGUUCCAAGGAUGAGGCAACCAACCGCGGCCUCUGGGACGACCUCAUCUCUCGCAUCAACGCUCAAGGCUCCAAGGUUGGCUGCCUGCCCAAGGACAAGCCCUCGGGCAAGUUUGCCGAUGAAUGGCACGCCGUCUUCGAAAAGGCGCAGAAAUCCAAUGACUUCAAGAUGAUCGACGUCAGCCCAGCUCUCAGCGCCGUUUGGGCCGCCAAGGACGAAGACGAAAUCAAGGCCAUCAAGUACGCCUCGAAGAUGAGCUCGGCCGUCAUGUCCGGCUACUUUGAAAACGAAAUGUCCACCAUCCUCGACGAAGGCAAGAAGGUCACACACGAGCAGCUGUCCGAGCGCAUCGAGGGCAAGCUCGACGACAACAAGAUGUGGAAGAAGGUCAAGAACCUUGAAGGAGCUGACUUCUCGCUCGCCGACUGGUGCUACACACCAAUCGUCCAGUCCGGCGGCGAAUACGAUCUCAAGACGUCGGCGGUCUCGACAACGAAGCGUCUGCAGGGUGCAGAUGGCAACGGUGGUGUGGUGAUCGCCAGCAUGGGCAUCAAGUACCGCAACUACUGCUCCAACAUCGGCAGGACCUACCUCAUCGACCCGCACAACAGCCAACAGAAAAUGUACGCAUUCCUGCAUGAGCUGCAAACCGAGCUCGCUGACAAGCAUGUCCGUGCCGGCGCAACGUGCAAGGACAUCUACACAAAGGCCGUCGAAAUCGUACGCGCCAAGGACGACAAGCUCGUGCAGUCUUUUGUCAAGAACAUCGGCUUUGGUAUCGGUCUCGAGUUCCGCGACAGUGCAUAUGUCCUCUCGGGCAAGAACGCCCGCGCCCUGAAGAAGGACAUGGUCGUCAACCUCUCGGUCGGCUUCCAGGACCUGGACGACCCGAACCACAAGGGCGAGGUAUACUCGCUCCUCUUGAUUGACACACUCCGCAUCAAUGACGGAAGCGCUGCCACUUUCCUCACAGACCGUGUCCGCGGCACCAACGACAUGGCGUUCUUCUUCAAGGAUGACGAAGAGGAAGAGGAGGAAGAGGAUCGCAGAAGCCCCGUCAAGCCCGACGGCAAGGUGACGCCAGGCGGCAAGGUGUUGAGGAAUAAGAACAGAGGUGCAGCGCUCGAUGAGACCGCAGCGGAAAAGAUGAAGGUGCAUCAGAAGGAACUCGCCAAGCAAAAGCAGGAGGACGGUCUCGCACGCUUUGCCGGCGAGGACGGCGAAGGCAACGCUUCCAACGAGAAAGUGUUCAAGAAGUUCGAGAGUUAUAAGCGCGAGAACUUGCUCCCAACGAAAGUGGCAGAUCUCAAAAUCAUGGUCGAUCACCGAGCUCAGUCGGUCAUCCUACCCAUCUAUGGCUACGCGGUGCCUUUCCACAUCAACACGCUCAAGAACGUCAGCAAGAGCGAUGAGGGCGAGUACACGUACCUGCGUCUCAACUUCGUGACACCGGGUCAGAUCGCUGGCAAGAAGGAAGACGUGCCGUUCGACGAUCCCGACGCCACGUUCGUGCGCAGCAUGAGCUAUCGAUCCACCGACUCGUCGCGCUUCUCGGAGCUGUACCGCGAGAUCACGGAGCUGCGAAAGUCGGCGACCAAGCGCGAAGCCGAGGAGAAGGAGCUCGCCGACGUGGUCGAGCAGGACAAGCUGAUCCUGUCCAAGUCGCGCACCUACACGCUCCCCGAGGUGUUCCCUCGUCCUGCGAUGGAGGGCAAGCGCGUGCCUGGAGACCUCACCAUCCACCAAAACGGUCUGCGCUUCUCGUCGCCGCUGCGACCGGACCAGAAGAUCGACCUGCUCUUCUCCAACAUGAAGCAUCUCUUCUUCCAGCCAUGCGACAAGGAGCUGAUCGUCAUUGUUCACGUGCACCUCAAGUCGCCCAUCAUGAUCGGCAAGCGAAAGGCCAAGGAUAUCCAGUUCUACCGCGAGGCGUCCGACGUGCAAUUCGACGAGACUGGAAACCGCAAGCGCAAGUACCGAUCGGGAGACGAGGACGAGAUCGAGCUCGAGCAGGAAGAGCGUCGACGCAGGUCGCAGCUCAACAAGGAGUUCAAGGUGUUCGCUGAGCGGAUCGCUGAAGCCUCGGAAGGCCGCGUCACCGUUGACGUUCCUUACCGCGAGCUCGGCUUCAACGGUGUGCCCUUCCGCACCAAUGUGCUGCUGCAGCCCACCACGGACUGCCUGGUGCACCUCACCGACCCUCCUUUCCUGGUCAUCACGCUCACGGACGUCGAGAUCGUCCACUUGGAACGUGUCCAAUUCGGCCUGCAGUCGUUCGACAUGGUGUUUGUCUUUUCCGACUUUUCUCGUGCACCCAUGCACGUCACCUCGAUCCCGACUACAUCGCUCGACGACGUCAAGCAGUGGCUCGACUCGGUCGACAUCUGCGUCAGCGAGGGAGCCGUCAACCUCAACUGGGGCGCCAUCAUGAAGACGGUCAACGAGGACCCGUACGACUUUUUCGCCGAAGGCGGCUGGGGCUUCCUGCAGUCUGGUUCCGACGAUGGCGAUUCGUCCGAGAGCGAGUCUGGGUCGGAGUUUGGCAGCGACAUGGACGACGGGCAGGAGGAGACGGAUGUCGAGUCGGAUUCUGGGAGCGACUUUGGCGACUCGGCUGAGGACGAGAGCGGAUCGGAAGGGUUCGAGGACGAGAGCGAGGAGGGCGAGGAUUGGGAUGAGCUCGAGAGGAAGGCGGCCAGGGCGGACGAGAAGAAGAGGAGACAGGGAGGUGGGUCGGAUGACGAUGAGGAUUCGGGCAAGAAGAGUAAGCGUCGAUGA